CAGUAAAAAUUUUGUUACCUCUUUCUUAUUUUUAUUAAAUACUCGUUAAAAAUAUAUCAAAAUGGACGCUUCAACUUCAACUGAAUCCUAUAAUAUAAAAAUACCAGAAACGAUUGUAACAAAUGAAACAAAUAAAGGAUUACAAGACGAGAGGAAAAAAACUAAUAAAAGACCUAAUUCUCCAAUAUCAGCUGAAGAAUCCCCUAGGAAAAAACAAAAGAUUAAAAAGAGCAGGAAAAAGAAAAAAAUUAUAAGACGUAAUAAAGGAGCGAUUGAUUUGGACGUUCAAUGCGGAGUAAUUGCGCAACCUGAUAAUACGCCUUGCGUACGCUCAUUAAAUUGUAAGAAACAUUCGUUGGCUUCGAAACGAAAUGUGGUGGGUAGAUCACAGCCAUAUGUCAUUCUACUUAUUCAAUAUCAGAAAAAUAAAAAAUCUAUCGGGCGUCAUCAAGAUAAUGGCAUGUCAAAGUCAAACGAUAACGAUAAAAAAGAUGUUAUAGAAAAAGAAGUUUCUACUAAAGAAGAUAAUAAUUCGCUCAAAAAAUAAAUAAUUCAUUUUUAUAAUUAAUUAAUUAAUUUAAUUUAAUUAACGGAACUUAUCUGUUUAAUUUGUAUCAUAUUUUUAUGUAAGCAUUAUAAUAACCGAUUAUACUUACUAAUUUAUAACACAAAUGAUCUAUUUAACCAA